AUGGCCGCUGCUCAGAGUGGUUCAGAAAACACGGAGUUGUCGAAGCAGCCAUCUCCCCAAAACGAUGGGUGUCAGGACGACGAUAACCACGAUCAAAUUGGUUCGAGUACCCCGAGUCCGUCAGGGAUUGCCACCCCGCAGCCCAACCCGGCUGACAGGCGUCUACCUUCCAUAAUGCACAAUUACUUCCAGGUUGGUAGUUCUUCUGCUGUCAUGCUUCGCUCUCUCAAAACCCGGUUUUCCCUCUCCGAUCCUUCUCCCUCUUCCGCAGACACUAUGCAGUCGGGUUCGCUAGCAAAUGGGACGCGCGAUGCUCAAUCAUCGGGGCACACUUCCUCGUCAUCAGGGUCCUUUGUCAUUAUGGAGCGUGACGAGGCUCGCCUCGAAUCCCCAACCACGCCGCCAGACAAUGAGGCGGAAACCCAAGAGAUCUCGCAAGAAUCUCGUCCUCCUGCGGCCCUUCCCACCCCCCCUUGCUCCUCGGCAUGCUCCCUUCUGCAGAAGGAGUCUGAAGAGCCAGAAGCGGGCCCUGAUAAAGGAAUGGGUUCUAUUUUCAAUACACUGAAAAAUUAUCUAUCUCCAUCUCGAAGCGUGUCCUGUUCUGAUUCUCAGGCACGUCGUCAUACUUCUCAUCCCGUCUCCAGCAUUUCUGACGAUCCCGUCCUUGCCUCUCAUUUCUUCAACCCUUCUCUUUCCCAAACUCCGGAAUCACUUUGCUUAGUCGAAGCUCCCCUUCUCGACCAUGAGAAACCGCAUGUUUCUGCGUCUUCUGAGAACGCCGCGAAGCUAACUGCCAACGUGUCAAAUCCUUCACACUUAAAGAAUACCCCUCCUCAUACACCUCGGGCAAUGUCCGAUGAAGAUUUGCAAUCCAAUGGGAAAGCUCCCGCAUCCCCUCCCCGAUCAUCGAACCCCACCCAUUCGCCGCGCGACGAACCGUCAGAUUCCGCCGACGAAAUCACAGGAAAACUUAACGAAGUCUUCCCGUCGUCGAUGGAUACUUCUUCCUCACCGUCUUCCGGUCCCCCGGUAGCAUCUCUCAAAGGCAAGCUGCAUGUCAAGAUUUCGGAGGGGAAGGGCCUCCAACCGGGGUUCGACCCAUAUGUGGUCUGUGUUUUCGAGUGGAACGAGGUAAUUUCGAAGAGCGUUCAGGACGAGGAGCAAGAAUCCUUGAAACGACAACAGAAGGAACUAGAGCAAUCGGCCCUCGAUUCUGGACGACCAAUGGCUAUUCCGAUGAACCGACAGAGUAGCCAUAACAAUACUCUCGAGAGCACAGACCACAGAGGACAUGCUCCUAUCACAGAUCCACACUGGAACCAUGAAGCGGUCUUUGAUGUUUUCGGUGACCAGUCUGAAAUUGACGUCUCCGUGUAUGACCGCAAUGACUCGGAAGCCUUCCUAGGCCAUGUGCGACUCUGCGUGAAUCUUAAGGAAGAUAACAGUCGCUUGGACGGGUGGUUUCCCUUGAAAGGUCGGGCAGCAGGGGACUCCCGAGUUUCCGGAGAGAUUCAUAUGGAAAUGAGGUUUGAGAAGACGGAGAAGAAGCAGGUCGGACCAAAUGACUUUCAAAUCCUGAAGCUGAUCGGCAAGGGAACCUUUGGCCAAGUCUACCAGGUUAAGAAGAAGGAUACACGGCGAAUUUAUGCGAUGAAGGUGCUCUCGAAGAAAGUUAUCAUUCAGAAGAAGGAGGUUGCGCACACCGUUGGAGAAAGAAAUAUCCUGGUUCGAACAGCUAUGGCUGCUUCUCCGUUUAUCGUCGGGCUCAAGUUCUCUUUCCAAACACCCACGGAUCUCUACCUGGUCACGGAUUACAUGUCUGGAGGUGAGCUAUUCUGGCAUCUCCAGAAAGAGGGACGGUUCCAGGAGCCCCGCGCCAAGUUUUACAUUGCCGAGCUCAUCAUGGCUUUGCAACAUCUACACGACCAUGAUAUCGUAUACCGUGACCUCAAACCGGAGAAUAUUCUGCUUGAUGCCAAUGGUCACAUCGCGCUUUGUGAUUUCGGUCUGUCAAAGGCGAAUCUUACGCAGAACGAUACAACGAAUACGUUUUGCGGCACAACAGAAUAUCUUGCCCCGGAGGUACUACUCGAUGAACAAGGGUAUACGAAAAUGGUUGAUUUUUGGUCACUGGGUGUCCUCGUCUUUGAGAUGUGUUGUGGCUGGAGUCCGUUCUACGCGGAGGACACGCAGCAGAUGUACAAAAACAUUGCCUUCGGCAAGGUCCGGUUCCCUCGUGAUGCUUUAAGCACGGAAGGACGCAACUUUGUGAAAGGCCUGCUCAACCGGAAUCCCAAGCACCGCCUGGGAGCCCAGAAUGACGCGAAAGAACUCAUGGCGCACCCCUUUUUCCAUGACAUUGACUGGGAGGCACUGGGCAGAAAAGAGGUCAUCCCACCGUUCAAACCCAAGCUCAAGUCCGACACAGAUACGUCCAACUUUGACCCAGAGUUUACCAACGCUCUUGAAAACAGUAACUCGCUAAAUGACCGAGCUGCAGCUCUUGCCAAUGGGUUUAUGGCCGCGUCGACGCCGCUCUCUCCAGGGAUGCAAGCUAAUUUCCAAGGGUUUACCUUUGUGAAUGAGAGCUCGAUCGAUCACCAUUUCAAGAACGAAGUAGGGGAUCGUAUGGAUGAGGAUUACGAGCCAAUGCAUCGGUCCCAUCGAUCUGGGAAUUCUAUAGAUCACCGCAUGGCUGGCGUUCAGAAGACUGGAGAUGCGGGUGAGAUUUUCAAUGUUGACGACAAUUUUGACAUGUGAUUAUGGCUUUCGAUGCAUGCUAGUGGAGUUGUGAUGUCUGCAUAUAUCUUGUCUUUUUCCUGCGCUGUACAUGUUUUCCUCCUGAAUAGGGGCUCAGGAUGAGUCUCCGAUUUUGUCCUCGUUUAACAUACCCCAGAAGAUUUAUUCUGUA